GUAAACCGGCGGAGUCGUCGUCGUGCACUUCUUUUCCCGGCGCGUUUGACCCGCACUGAACCUUGCACGUUUUCACAGUGCCAACGUAACAGCAAAACUGGAUUUUAUCACUGUUCAAACAGGACAUAAGCACCGCACAGUACAUUUCACAAGGACGUAGAUUGAGCCCUUUCUUCAGCAAUGUCUCGUUUCUUUGCCACCGGGUCUGACAGUGAGUCAGAGGAGUCCUCGUCCGCAGAUGAAAUCACCCCAAAAGCACCCGGGACCACACUCAAGCAGUCACUGCUGCUCAGUGAUGACGAGGAGGACACCAAGAGAGUCGUGCGCAGCGCCAAAGACAAAAGGUUCGAGGAGUUGACCAAUCUCAUCAAAACUAUUCGCAAUGCCAUGAAGAUCCGUGACAUGGCCAAGUGUCUGGAGGAGUUUGAGCAGUUGUGUCGAGCUUUCCUCAAAAGCAAGAAUAUAGUCGACAAAGAAGGGGUUCCACCUUUCUACAUUCGACUCUUGGCAGACCUGGAAGACUACCUGAAUCAGCUUUGGGAGGACAAAGAGGGCAAGAAGAAGAUGAACAAGAACAACGCCAAAGCCCUCAGUACACUGCGCCAGAAGAUCCGCAAGUACAACCGGGAUUACGAGACACAAAUCACUGCUUACAAGGAGAAUCCUCAAGAGUCUGCAGAUGAAGAGGAGGAAAAGGGCCAAGACGAUUCAGGUUCGUCCUCUGACAGCGAUGAGGAUGAUGAUGGUGUGUCCGCCAAAUCUUUCUUGAAGAAGAAGCCUGAGGCCGCGCCGGAAGCCAGCAAGUUCCUCAAGUCCGCCAAAGGUUCUGGGGACGAGUCGUCCUCCAGCGACGACGAUGAAGAUGAUGAAGACUGGGGCUCUGACACUGUGGAUACCGGCAGUGACAGCUCUGAUGACGCAGAGGGGAAGAGUGCGUCCCUCGCCAUGGUCUUCCUCAAGAAGGCCCAUGCACCUGAAAAGACCACCGAAAAGGUGGGGAAGAAGAAGAAGCUGAAGAAGAAAGAGAAGCUGGAGGAGGAGGCUGAAGAAGAAGGAGGAGAGGAGGUCGAGGGAGGCUGGGAGAAGGUGAAGGGAGGCGUCCCUCUUGUCAAGGAGAAGCCCAAGAUGUUUGCAAAGGGUACAGAGAUCAACACGACUGUGGUGGUGAAGAAGCUCCACGAGAUCCUGCAAGCCAGGGGCAAAAAGGGCACAGACCGGACUGGCCAGAUUGAACUGCUCCAUGCACUUGCAAGCAUCUCUGCAGAGCAUAACCUGGGUGAGGGUAUCCUGGUUAAAAUCAAGUUCAACAUCAUUGCGUCGCUGUAUGACUACAACCCCAACAUGGCAACCUUUAUGAAACCGGAAAUGUGGAAGAAGUGUUUGGAGUGCAUAGAUGAGCUGUUGGACGUCCUGUAUGACAACAGCGACAUGUUCAUUGGGGAGAACAUUGCAGAGGACAGUGAGAACUUGGCCAUCUCAGAUCAGCCUUUCAGGGUUCGUGGCUGCAUUUUAACUCUGGUGGAGAGGAUGGAUGAAGAGUUCACCAAGAUCAUGCAGAACACAGAUCCUCAUUCACAAGAAUAUGUGGAUAAUCUCAAAGACGAAGGGCGCGUGUGCGGCAUCAUGGACCGCCUCCUCAACUACUUGGAGAGCAGGGGCACCACGGAGGAGAUUUGCCGCAUCUACCUGCGCAGAAUCAUGCACACCUACUACAAGUUUGAUUACAAGACUCACCGGCGAAGCUUGGGCAUCCAGGCAGAAACGAAGUCCCAGCAGGACCAGGAGGAGAGCGAGGGCGAGGACAGCGCCAUCAUCAUGGACCGCCUCUGCAAGUUCAUCUACGCCAAGGACCGCACCGACCGCAUCCGUACGUGCGCCAUUCUCUGCCACAUCUACCACCACGCGCUGCACUCGCGCUGGUACCAAGCUCGCGACCUGAUGCUGAUGAGCCACCUGCAGGACAACAUCCAGCACGCCGACCCACCCGUGCAGAUCCUGUACAACAGAACCAUGGUUCAACUGGGCAUCUGUGCCUUCCGUCAAGGCAUGAUCAAAGAUGCCCACAAUGCCUUGCUGGACAUCCAGUCCUCGGGCCGUGCCAAGGAGCUCCUGGGUCAGGGUUUACUCAUGAGGAACAUGCAGGAGAGGAACGCUGAGCAGGAGAAGAUAGAGAAGAGAAGACAAGUGCCCUUCCACAUGCACAUCAACCUGGAGCUGCUUGAGUGCGUGUACUUGGUGUCGGCCAUGUUGCUGGAAAUUCCCUACAUGGCCGCCCACGAGUUUGACGCCCGCCGCCGCAUGAUCAGCAAGCAGUUUCACCAUCAGCUUCGAGUGGGAGAGAGGCAGCCCCUACUUGGCCCCCCAGAGAGCAUGCGCGAGCACGUGGUGGCCGCCAGCAAGGCCAUGAAGAUGGGCGACUGGCGCACCUGCCACUCCUUCAUCAUCAACGAGAAGAUGAACAGUAAAGUUUGGGACCUGUUUCCCGAGACGCAGCGAGUGCGCGAGAUGCUCGUCAGGAAAAUCCAAGAGGAGUCGCUGAGGACGUACCUGUUCACGUACAGCAGCGUGUACGACUCCAUCAGCAUGGCGACACUAUCUGACAUGUUUGAGUUGGAGAUAGCCACAGUUCACAGUAUCAUCAGCAAAAUGAUCAUCAACGAGGAGCUCAUGGCCUCUCUGGACCAGCCCACGCAGACGGUUGUGAUGCACCGCACGGAGCCCACCUCCCUGCAGAACAUGGCCCUGCAGCUGGCGGAGAAACUGGGCAGCUUGGUGGAGAACAACGAGCGCGUCUUCGACCUCAAGCAGGGCGUCUACGGGGGCUACUUCAACAGAGAUCAGAAAGGUGGAUAUCAACAGAAACAAUCCUAUCAGAGAGACGGAGGGAAGGGUGGUUACCAGUCCAAACAGGGGGGCUACCAGGGGGGCUACCAGGGCGGCUACCAGGGGGGCUACCAGGGCGGCUACCAAGGGGGCUACCAAGGGGGCUACCAGGGGGGCUACCAGGGGGGCUACCAGGGGGGCUACCAGCGAGGCUACAGGAAUCAGAACCAAGGAAACUAUUGAUCUCGGAAAGGUUACAUUCCAUUUUGACAUUAUUAGCACCACCUGGCUGGAAGCUGUUUUGGCUGAUCCUGGAUCAGUUCAUUUGAACAAGUACAGUUUGUUUGAAGUGAGGCUGCUUUGUGUGAUCAGUAAUAUUAUAUUAAUAAAAGUUCUUCAAUAGUG